CUUUUAUUAUUCUGUUAGUGAAAGCAGCGUGUGACUCUGGGUGUGAAAUAGGGCGGUGCAGGGGGGCAUUAUUUGAGCUCGUGUUUGAGGACUGCAGGAGGAGGGGUGCUCAAACACAGCUGUACUUGUUCAAUCACACGCGCUCCUGACUGUCACCCUGUCUGGGGAACAUCGAGGGCACCAUCACAGUCAGCUCGUUCUUCGGGGACUAACCAAUACGCUUAUUGCUACUGAUUUCCAUUUGAAAUGACUUUACUUUGGUGAUCUUCGAGAAAUGUUUUAUCACUGACCCGGGACUUCUCGGACACACCGCGCGCUGACCAGCAGAGCCACACAAAACUUCGCAAACUUGCUCGUUCACACGGUCUCUGAGGACUGAAGCGACGAUGGAGCAUCAUCGGUGCUUCUGCGCGUUCAUUUUGGUGCUGAUGUCCUGUGUUCAUUAUUCCCUGAGCAUGGAGACAAAUAAGGAUAUUCCAACAGAAAAACUGCUUGUACUCACUGUUGCAACGGAGGAGACGGAAGGCUACCACCGCUUCAUGCAGUCAGCAAACUACUUCAACUUCAAUGUGAAGGUGUUGGGGAUGGGAGAGGAGUGGAAGGGAGGUGAUGUGGGUCGGUCCAUUGGGGGAGGCCAAAAGGUUCGACUGCUGAAGGAAGCCAUGGAGUCUCUGGCUGACCAAGAGGACUUAGUGGUCUUGUUUGUGGACAGUUAUGACCUCAUCUUUGCUGGUGGACCUGAGGAGAUUCUCAGAAAGUUCCAGAAGACCAAUCAUAAGCUGGUGUUUGCUGCUGAGGGAAUCAUCUGGCCGGAUUCUCGACUGGCAGAGAAGUAUCCUUCUGUCCGCAGUGGGAAACGCUUUCUUAACUCUGGAGGCUUUAUCGGCUAUGCUCCAUACAUACAGAAGAUUGUGAACCAGUGGGACCUUCAUGAUAAUGAUGAUGAUCAGCUAUUCUACACUAAGAUCUACGUGGAUCCACUUCAGAGGGAAAGGCUUAAUAUGACCUUGGACCACAAGUGUGAGAUUUUCCAGAAUCUGAAUGGAGCAGUGGAUGAAGUUCUCCUAAAGUUUGGGACUGAGCGAGUGCGAGUGAGGAACACUGUCUACAACAGUCUGCCUGCGGUUAUCCAUGGAAAUGUGAACACCAAGAUAUACUUUAAUUACUUGGCCAACUACAUCCCCAAUGUGUGGAACUAUGAGCGAGGCUGUACCAUCUGUGACCAAGACAUGGUGGAUUUGUCUCAGCUUGAAGAAUUUCCACAAGUGACUGUUGGUGUAUUCAUCGAGCAGCCGACUCCGUUCCUGCCAGAGUUCCUCGAACGGUUCCUGAGUCUAGAUUAUCCCAAAGAUAAACUGAACGUCUUUAUUCAUAACAAUGAGGUUUACCAUGAGAAGCACAUACAGAAGUUUUGGGAAGAGAACAAGGAUGUAUUCCGCAGUUUUAAGGUUGUUGGCCCCGAGGAGAACUUAACUCAAGGAGAAGCAAGGAACAUGGGAAUGGAUGUGUGCCGGCAGGAUCUUUCUUGUGAUUAUUACUUCAGCAUUGAUGCAGAUGUGAUGCUCACCAACCGUCAGACCCUGAAACUCCUCAUCGAGCAAAACAGAAAAAUAAUUGGCCCUCUUGUCACCCGUCACGGAAAACUGUGGUCCAACUUUUGGGGAGCCCUGAGCCUUGAUGGUUAUUAUGCAAGAUCUGAGGACUACAUUGACAUUGUGCAAGGAAAGCGUGUUGGUGUGUGGAACAUCCCUUUCAUGGCCCACAUCUACCUCAUUAAGGGCCAGACUCUGAGGAAUGAACUCAAAGAGAGGAAUGUCUUUGUGUUGGAGAGACUGGACCCUGACAUGGCCAUGUGCAGGAAUGCCAGAGACUUGACAGUACACAGAGAAAGAGCAUCUCCUUCUCCGGAAUCAUUCCAUAUGCUCAGACCCCGACAGGGAGUUUUCAUGUAUGUUACAAAUCGACAUGAGUUCGGAAGGCUUAUUUCCACUGCCAACUAUAACACAUCCCAUUAUAACAAUGACCUGUGGCAAAUAUUUGAAAACCCUCUGGACUGGAGAGAGAAAUACAUCCAUCCAAACUACACUCGAAUUUUUACUGACAACCUCUUGGAGCAGCCAUGCCCAGAUGUUUUCUGGUUCCCUGUGUUCUCGGAGAAAGCCUGCAAUGAGCUGGUGGAGGAGAUGGAAAACUAUGGUUCAUGGUCUGGUGGAAGACACGAGGACAGACGUAUCACUGGAGGCUAUGAGAGUGUCCCAACAGAUGACAUUCAUAUGAGACAGAUCGAUUUCGAUAAGGAAUGGCUGCACUUUAUCAGGGAAUUCAUCUCCCCUGUCACUCUCAAGGUUUUCUCUGGCUAUUACACCAAGGGCUAUGCGAUUAUGAACUUUGUGGUGAAGUACACUCCAAACAGACAAGCCUAUUUGAGACCACAUCACGACUCCUCGACAUUCACCAUUAAUAUUGCUCUCAACAACAAGGGCUUAGAUUUUCAGGGUGGAGGCUGCCGAUUUCACAGAUAUAAUUGUUCCAUAGAGUCUCCUAGAAAAGGCUGGAGCUUCAUGCAUCCAGGUAGACUCACCCACCUUCACGAAGGACUACCUACGACCAACGGCACACGCUACAUUGCAGUGUCCUUCAUCGAUCCUUAGACUACCUGAUAGUUCUAGCAGUAGAAAUUUUCCAGGCCUUGAUAUGUUUGUGUAGCGUCAGCUGUUUGUCUGUUUGUUUUUACUGAUUUAUUCAUGGUUUAUGUGUUGCGUGACUGUUUGUGUUUGCUGUCUUUUGAAACAUUUACUACUGUCGAGAAAGAAAAUGCUGUUCAUCAGAAGUUUAAUAAAGUCGAUGCACACAUACACACACUCACUCACUCACUCCAGCAGACAUAUAAACCUUGUUCAUUACUCAAAAUUACAUGUGAGAUAACUUUGGCAAAGAAAGUGAGAUCAGUAACUCUUAAUUUAAACAGCUUUGGUUCAUGGUGUUUAGCAUUAGCACUCAAAACGACUGCCUUCUGGAAACUUUCUAUAUACUAGUUUGGAAAUUGUCAUUUAAAUAUGAUUUGCAUUUAAGUCAUUCCCAAUAGAAUAAAUUUGCACAAGCUGUCACCCUUUAAAAUCUUAGUAUGACUUUCUGGCAAACUAAAGAGCUACAUCAUCAACUUUAUGAUCAAUAUUAAUUAGCUUCCACUGGGAUUCUCAAACUGACACGCCCUCAACUCAAAGUAUGGGUUAAAAAUAGUAAAUAAAUAAAAGUGUGCACAUGAACAAUGCAGUUAUUCCAACGGGAUUUCAAGGCAGCAAUAAUUAUACUGUAAGUUAAUUGUUUAUUUCAGUUUCAUUGACAAUUGGUAAAAAGAAGAAGAAGGUGAGCUCCAAGUACUGUAAAACAAUCUAGAUGUAUUUUACUACUGUAAAAUAAUCUAGAUUACUGUCAAAUAUUCUAGAUCGGAGCGCUGUUAGUGGCAAUGAAAUAACUUGACUUCAGUAGUUCUUCCAUGUAGCAGUUGACCAUGGUUUUUUUUUAAAGCCAUGAAGGUAAUGUUACAUGACUUACAUGACAAGGUUACAUAACUAUGAAACUAUGAAUAUGCUGUCAACAAAAUAAACAUAAUUUUGUAUGUUUGCACAACAAAAAAACGACAG